AAAAAUUUCAGCGCCGCCUCUCAUCUUCUACAACAACACCCGCCGUAUAGGCUCACAGGACGCAAUUGUGUUUAUACAGGGGUUCCGAAGAGAUCAACGACUAUUCCGUACGCUCUAUUGUCUCCGCUUCCGAUAGUAGAGGCUCUCAGGUUUCUCACGUUCUCUUUCACCGUCGCACCAACUGGGCUGGCUCAAGGCCGCCGGUUAAAAGCCAGAGCCAUCGCAAAGACGAUCUCAUUGUCAAGGCAACACCGUACUUGAGCUACUAGAAUUGCUCCCUUACAGCAGCCGUCUCCCUGACGCAAGAUGAGCGAGGCACCAAACCCAGAGCGAGCCGAGCUGGCGCAGGAUGCGAGCAACAUGGCCGUGGCCCCCGUCUCGGACGACAUCCCCGAGGAGAGAGCAGCGAAGCGGCUUAAGAUGGACGCCUCGAACGAAUCCGGGAAUGUCGAGUUCGCAGAGCCUCAGGUUCCCGGAGAGGGUCUGCACGAUGCCCCUGCCAAAGAGACCGAAGCACGCCCAGACAACCAUGCAAACAACGGCAGAGACCGCCGAAAUGGGCUGGCGCCUAUUAAGAAGGAAUUUCUCAUUGAUGUCUCGGGAGCCAAGAAUGGUUCUGAUGCCGUGGAUGACGAUGCAGCUGAGGGCAGGGAUGCUAACCGUGACGGCCAGCAGCGAAGAGACGACAGAGACUCGGGUGGCAGGGGCAAGAAGGAGAAAAAGGGCGGCCAAAAUAUUGAGCGCACGUUCGGCAAGUUCGAAGACGCUCUGCCCCUUUGCAACAGCCGGGCGUUUACCGACGAGUUCUCACCUCGUGAGUGCAAGUUUGGCGAUCGCUGCAAGAUGUGCCACGACGUGCGCAAGUAUCUCGCUGAGGGCCGACGCGAGGAUGUUGAGACGUUUGAGGGGAAAUGCCCCGUCUUCGAACAGUACGGGUGGUGUCCGUCGGGCUGGAAAUGUCGAUUCGUCAAGAGUCACAUGGAAGAGGUCGAACGCGAAGACGGACGCAAGGAGCUGGUCCUGGUCAACAAGUCGGCUGAGAAAGAGGCAAAAGACGGUGAGGAAAAGGGGGACGAAAACAAGAACGACAAUGGCUUGGCCGAUCACGAUGAGCGUCGUGCCGGCAUUGUCAACUCCGUUGCGCUGACCGACAAGAUCAACCUCAGCCGCAAGCGCGUCGACUUCACCAAGGCGGACGAGUAUAUCAAGUGGAUGAACAAGGAGUCCGCUACCAACAAUGAGUUUCACCAUCGCCGCAAGGAGCAGGGUGACGAGGGCAUCGAGGACCUUCGCGCGCGCUUUGUCGACCCGCCCUUCAUGCCCUCUGAGAAGCGGCGCCUGUACUUUGGCCCCGAGACACCUACGUUGGCGCCACUCACGACUCAAGGCAACCUCCCGUUUCGAAGACUCUGUGUCGAGCUCGGCUGUCAGUUAACGUACUCGGAGAUGGCUAUGGGCAUGCCCCUGCUGCAGGGCUCCAAGUCCGACUGGACCCUGCUGAAGGCGCAUCAGUCGGAGAUAUCGCCGCCCAAGAUCACACCGGGCAAAUCGUUUGUCUUCGACGAGUAUGACCACUCGAAAGACCUCAGGUUCGGCGCCCAAAUCUCUGGUAACCAGCCGUGGAUCGUCACCAAGGUCGCCGAUGUGCUCAACCGCUACUGCCCUCACCUAAGACUCAUCGAUCUCAACUGCGGCUGCCCCAUCGAUAUGGUGUUCAAGUCUGGUGGCGGCUCGGCCCUCCUCGAGUCGCCGGGCAAGUUGGAGCGCAUGCUGCGCGGCAUGAACGUGAUGUCGGGCGAGAUCCCCAUCACAGCCAAGAUACGGACGGGCGUGAAGGGCAACCGCCCUGUGGCAACGCAGCUGCUCGGACGCCUCGCGUUUGGCGCCCGGGAGCACCGAGAACGCUUGGGCGCUCCCGGUUGCGCCGCCGUGACGCUCCACGGCCGCAGCCGCGAGCAACGCUACACCAAGAAGGCCGACUGGGGCUACAUUGGCGAGUGCGCGGCCCUGGUCAAGUCUUACAACGAGCAGAAGGACGCCCUCACCGACACGGCCGCCGAGCCCGACGCUAGCACGCUCCCCAACUCCAAGGACGGGCGCAUGUACUUCCUCGGCAACGGCGACUGCUACUCCCACUUUGACUACCAGGAGCACGUUUCUAAGGCGCGCGUCGACAGCGUCAUGAUUGGCCGCGGUGCCCUCAUCAAGCCUUGGGUCUUCGAGGAGAUUGAAAAGGGCCAGUACCUGGACAAGUCAUCGAGCGAGCGCCUCACGUAUAUUGAAAAGUUUGUCCGAUAUGGCCUGGAGGCAUGGGGCUCCGACGAGCUGGGCAUCGGUUUCACGCGCCGCUUCCUGCUCGAGUGGCUGAGCUUCACUCAUCGCUACGUGCCCAUCGGCUUGCUCGAGUACCUGCCGCCGAGCCUGAACGAUCGGCCGCCGGCGUACAGGGGCCGCGACGAGCUGGAGACGCUGAUGGCGUCUGACAACUACAAGGACUGGAUCAAGAUCACGGAAAUGUUCCUCGGCCCCGUGCACCCCGGCUUCCGCUUCCAGCCCAAGCACAAGUCCAACUCGUAUGAAGCCGAGGGCUGAUUUGUCUGCGCUGACGGUGCAGGUGACUUUUUUCACAGCACUACGCGAUGUUCGAGGUUUCACUUUGCACGCACACACGUAAGCGAGGGGCAUGUUGCGUUGGAGGGGGAUCCACGUCGUUAGGAAGCAUAAGAAGGAAUGGCUGCCAGGGAGGCAUGGCUGCUCUUCUUUGCCAGCCAAUUCUGGGAGGACUGCGAGUGUAUUCCGUAGAAGAAUACGAGGUGAAUGGUAGGCAAGAUUCGAU